CACGUCAUCUCUCAGUCAUCUCUCUCUCUCUCUCUCUCUCUCUCUCUCUCAUUCAUGAACAAUGACUUCUUCCAUCUCUCGUCUCCCAAGCAAUACCCUGCGGCAUCAAGAUGCAGCAACAGAGAAGCCAUUAGCGGCAGCAAACAAACCAGUCAUCAAAAUGGCGGGUCAGCCUCCGACGCCGCCAGCGCCUAAACUAAUAAUAGGCCAGCACCAACGUACUCUUCCAUCUUCAUCAAACCCCAAUCCCAUCCCGCUUCUCUCUUUCUUCACCGCUUUAAUCACUUCCAAGCUCAGCAAUCCACCGCUUCCAUCGUCGGUCGACCCAGAACUUGUUCUAGCCGGAAAUUUCGCUCCGGUGGACGAGACCCCUCCCACAGACUGCUCUGUCGUGCACGGCCAGCUCCCAAGCUCUCUCGACGGAGUCUACAUACGCAACGGCCCCAACCCCCACCUCCGGCCCCGCGGCCUCGCCCACCACCUCUUCGACGGCGACGGCAUGCUCCAUUCCAUUCGUCUAUCCAGAGGGCGAGCCACCUUCUGCAGCCGCUACGUCCAGAGUUACAAGCUCAAGCUAGAGCGUGAAAAUGGCUGCGCAAUGAUCCCCAGCGUCUUCUCCGGCUUCUACUGUCUCGCCGACGUCGGCCGCCUGGUUGUCGCCCUGGCAAGGGUGGUGACCGGCCGGAUAAAUCUCGCCCAAGGAUUUGGGCUGGCCAAUACGAGCGUCGCCCUUUUUUGCAACACUCUCUUCGCCAUGAUUGAGACGGAUCGUCCUUACGCCAUUAGAUUAACAGAAAACGGUGACAUUGAGACGACCGGAAGAUUCGAUUUUGGCGGCGAGGCGCCAAUCAACAUGACGGCACAUCCCAAAGUCGAUUCUGAGACCGGGGAGGUGUUUUCCUUCCAAUUCUUUCCUUUUUUUCCUUAUCUAACUUUCUUUCGGUUUGAUUCUAAUGGUUCAAAGCGGCAGAAAGUACCAAUAUUUUCCAUGAAAAAAGCAAGUUAUAUCCACGAUUUUGCGCUCACCAAACGUUACGCAAUUUUCCCGGAAAGUCAGCUGGAGGUGAGCGCCAUGAAUCUGAUGGCACUCAAGGGUAUGCCCAUGAAGUUCCGGCCUACGGCGCAGCCUCGAAUCGGUAUUAUCCCAAGAAACGCCGAAUCCGAUUCGGAAAUGCGGUGGUUCACAGUGCCAGGAUUCAACGCAUUCCAUAUCAUCAACGCAUGGGAGGAAGAAGACGAAGAUAGCAUCGUUCUGGUCGUCCCACGCGCCUUAUCGCUUGAAAACUUCCUCGGUCGAAUCGAAAAGGUCCAUUUCUCACUGCAGAAACUGAGGAUCAACAUGAAGAGCGGCGCAAUAUCGAGCACCCUCCUCUCAGAGAGAAGCCUGGAGCUGGGAUCCAUAAACGCCGCCUAUCUUGGAAAGAAGAACAGAUACUUGUUCAUGGCCGUGGCUGAGGCCGUGCCCAAGAUGUCCGGCGUUGUUAAGAUCGACUUGGAAUCGGGGCGCGAAGUGGCGAGCCGGAGCUACGGGCCAGGUUGCUUCGGAGGGGAGGCACUUUUCGUGGCGAGGGACGGCGCCGGCGACGAAGACGAUGGGUUUGUGGUGUCGUACGUGCACAACGAGAUGGCGAACGAGUCGCAGUUUGUGGUGAUGGAUGCUAAGUCGCCGGCGCUAGAAGUUGUUGCAGCGGUGAGGUUGCCGGGACGGGUGCCCUACGGCUUCCAUGGCCUGUUUGUGGGUGAGAAGCAGCUUGAAACGGUUGAGCCAUGGCCGACUGGUCUAUCUUCAACCUAGCUGGCUAUCUACAAUUCUGUAAUUUAAUUAAUUUAAUUAAUAAUCCAAUUUUAAAUAACAUUAUAUAUAAUUUAAAGUGCUAAACAAAG